AUGUCUUUGGAAUCAAAAGGUGAAGCUGAUGAACAGAAUGUGAAAGAUGUGUUCACCGCAAACAUCACUCCUAGUGACGCCACCAGCAGUACUGCCACUUCUAGUGGGUCUACCACUGGUGCCAAGGACACUGCCGAAGCAUCCAGUAAUGCCAACGGUAUUGAUUUAACAGAGUUGAUUCCUGCAAUCGAAAAGAAGGGUGUUAGUACACUUCUUCCUACUGAGACUCUUGGUUUGAAGACUAUUCGCCACACAUUGACAGGUCUUUUGGAAGGUUCUGAGGAAGAUCUAUCACCAUUGCUACAAGAUAAAAACGUCGAAUCAGGUAAUUAUGUGGACUUUCUCGAACUUUCAGAUAAAAUCCCAGAGGACAAGAAACAUGAGUUUGAUGAGCUUCUCGAAAAGUAUAAUGAGGCUAGACAACAGAGUGUGGAGUCGAGAGGUUUUGAAGGAGCUCGUGAGAAAUGGAAGAAGCUUUUUGAGAAGCGGGUCGCUAUUCAAAACAAAGCCAAGACCGGUGGUCAACAGACUGUCACAUUUAAAGCUCUCGACACUCUGCUUUGGGAGUGGAACAAAGAUAUGCUCCCGUUGAUCAAAGCAGAGUUUGAUCGAAUCCAGAAAGUACUCAAGUAUUCGACCCUAUCACAAAUUCCUGCUGACAUUAAGAAGGAGAACAGCGCAAGUUCUCAGAAUGUUAGCUACGCCGAUAGAUUUGAAUAUGGCCCUUACUUGACUCUUGUCAAGCCAGAAAACCUUGGGCCCAUCACCAUGUUAGAGCUCCUCAAGCUGAACUCUACUGGAGGUGUCCAAGAGGGUAUGCGUACUGCUCGAGCUGUCUUAGCUGUUGGUAAGACGGUUGAGAUGGAGUACAGAAUGCAAGUGGCUAAACAACGUGAGAAGGAGGCUCUAAAAGGUGUCGACCACAAUCAGUCAGCUCUAGCAUCAGUUAGAACUGCUGUCAAGAACAGUGAUCUAGGUACCGUUCAGACGUCAUGGCCAUUGCAUAUUCGUGCCAAGAUUGGAUCUCUGUUGAUUUCACUUUUAUUGCAAGUCGCAAAGGUUGCUGUGUACGGUAAGGACCCUAUCACAGGAGAAAAAGUCUCUGGUAAAGCUCCUGCAUUCUACCAUUCAUAUCAAUACCACAAUGGAAGCAGAGUUGGUGUCCUAAAGGUGCACAAGUCUGUUGCCAAACAUCUAUCUGGUGAAGCUAUGGCUACUGCUAUCCAACCCCAAUUACUUCCAAUGCUUGUCAAGCCUCGACCUUGGACUGCUUGGAACAAGGGUGGAUACUUGUAUAGUUCUGCCAAGGUCAUGAGAUCUAGAGACUCUCCUGAACAGGUUGCUUAUCUUAAAGCAGCCUCUGACAGAGGUACUCUCGAUCAAGUUUACGAGGGUCUUAAUGUUUUGGGUAAUACUGCCUGGACCAUCAACAAGGAUAUUUUUGAAGUCAUUCUCAAAGUAUGGAAUACUGGAGAAGAGUUUUUGGAAAUUCCUCGCCGAGUCGAGAUUCAACCUGAGCUCCCACCUGCUCCACCUAGAGAUGCCGAUCCAAGUGUUCGUAGAGAUUGGCUUCGUCAGUGUCGAUUGAUUGUUAAUGAGAACCAAGCUUUAUACUCUCAAAGAUGUGACACAAACUACAAACUGGAGAUUGCUCGUGCAUUUUUAGGAGAACGUUUCUACUUACCUCAUAACCUCGACUUCCGUGGCCGGGCUUAUCCAUUAUCACCACAUUUAAAUCACCUUGGUAAUGACUUGUCAAGAGGUUUAUUGAAAUUCUGGGAAGCUCGUGAACUUGGAGAACAUGGAUUGAACUGGUUGAAAGUCCAUUGUGCUAAUGUCUUUGGACAUAACAAGUUCAGUUUUGAAGAUCGUAUCGCAUUUGCGGAUGAGAACAUGGAAAAGAUUUUGGAUUCUGCAAACAGCCCAAUGGAAGGUCAGAAGUGGUGGCAGGAAGCAGAGAGUCCAUGGCAGGCUCUUGCAACCUGUAUUGAAAUCCGAAACGCCAUGAAUUUGGAGGAUCCUUCAAAGUACAAGUGUCGUCUUCCUGUACAUAUGGACGGUAGUUGUAACGGAUUACAGCAUUACGCUGCUCUCGGUGGUGAUGUUGAAGGUGCUGCUGAGGUUAAUCUUGUCCCAAGUUCCAAACCCCAAGACGUUUAUUCCAGAGUACUCGAGAUUGUACGGGUUCGAGUUGAGGAAGAUGCCACCAAGGGUCAUAAAGAGGCCAAAAUGGCUGUGGAUAAGUUGUCGAGAAAGCUCAUCAAACAAACUGUAAUGACCCACGUCUACGGAGUUACAUUUGUAGGUGCACGUCAACAAAUUUCCAACCGAUUGUCGGACGCUGGUCUGGAGCAAGAACAUCUGUACUCAACAGCAGGAUACCUUGCCAAGACUGUCUUAGGAGCUGUGAGAUCUUUGUUUGAAGGUGCUCAUUUGAUCCAAGACUGGCUGGGUGAUAACGCUACUAGAAUCUCUCGUUCAGUGAGAUUGGAUAUGGGCAGCAUGGCUACCAAAAGCUCUAAAAAUGGUAACCGACCCGAGUUUAUGUCUUCGGUCAUUUGGACGACUCCAUUAGGAUUGCCCAUUGUCCAACCCUACAGACAAGAUACCAAAAAGCAGGUGAUUACUUCGUUGCAGAGUGUAUUUAUUACAGAUCCAUAUGCUCUUCGUGGUGUCAAUGGCCGCAAACAAAGAACUGCAUUCCCUCCUAAUUUCAUCCAUUCUUUGGAUGCCAGUCACAUGUUGAUGUCAGCUAUCGGUUGUGGUCGAGAGGGUAUUUCGUUUGCUGCUGUGCACGAUUCGUAUUGGACACACCCUGGUGAUAUUGACAAGAUGAACCGUAUUUUGCGUGAUUGUUUUAUCGAGUUGCACCAAGUCGAUUUGGUUGACAAGUUGCGAAUUGAAUUCGAACAAAGGUACACUGGUUUGUUGCAAUAUGCUGAGAUCCCCAAGGAUUGCGAUAUUGCCCAGAAAAUCAUUCGAGCUCAAGCAAAGUAUUCAAUUGAAAAGUAUGGCACUGAAAAGAAACUGACAGUGGCCGAUCAGAUUGAGAUGGAGAAUAAACGACUAGAGGCUCUGGAAGCCGGUCUCGAGGAUAUCGAGACUCCUGUUAGCAUUAUAGAAUCAUUAUCGGAACAAGAGCUCGACACAUUGCUCAAUCAGAUUCCCAAAAAAGUCAAGAGAAAGAGACAGGUCAAGAAUGCCAACUUCCGCUCGACUGAGCACGUCGGAACAGGUGCCGAUAACUUCGAGCAACUCGAGAAACAAGCACAAGAAGCCGAAGUCGAGGAAGCUGACGAGAACAUCGACUCACUGACGACUGGCAGAAGUUCUACAUUAAUGGGAAUCCUGGUGCCACUGCGCAUCACCAAAGUACCUGCCAAGGGCGACUUCGACGUGCACCAACUCCGCGACAGCAAGUACUUCUUCUCCUAA